ACACAAGGCAACGCCGAAUGGCUGUUAUUUGUUUUUAUUUCUAUUUUUCACGUAAACCAGUGCUGUUUGGCUGUCUGCUUCUGCUGUGGCGUGUAGCGAAAAUAUUGCGAAGAAAAUGUGUCUUGUUCGGUUCAGUCUUGAUGGACGUGCAUGAAGUCAGUGAAAUAGUUUGAAAAUGAACUAAUGCUGGUGUUGAAAGUUUUCUUCGCCUAUUUCGUGUACUUUUUCUAGUCUAAAAUUCUAGUUCUGGUUACAAUGGAAACAACGAAUCCCACAACUAGUGGUGGUGAUUAUCACCAAACUGAAAACAAGUUAAAUGAAGAGAUUAGCGAAAAAAGUUGCGGUUCUGAUUGGGACCUUGGAAUUCGUGAUUCCGAUAAUCCAUAUCAUGGCAGAGCCUUUGUUGAUGCAGAAGAUAAUCUUAAGUUUUUCCCCCCUUUGUACCGUCAAAGGUAUGAGGUUGUGAGACAAAUCCUAAAAGAAGAAAGGUGGUCCCCACUUCCGACAAAAGUUGUCGAAUUUGGAUGUGCUGAGCUUGCAAUGUUUCAGUAUUUUAAACAAGUUUCUCACAUCAGCGAAGUUAUAAUGGUGGAUAUUGAUCCACAUAUAUUGGACUACUAUGUUUGCCGUGCUAGUCCCCUAAAUUCCGAUUUUCUAAAUCCCCGUCAAAACCCUUUACAUGUUGAGGUCCUCUGCGGAAGUGUUGCUGACUGUGAUGUCAGGUUGCUAGGGGCUAAUGCUGUUGUUUGCAUAGAAUUAAUUGAGCAUCUCGAAAUGGAUAUAGUUGCAAAGCUUGAGAGAACCAUUUUUGGGUUUAUACAGCCAGAUAUUGCAAUAUUUACUACUCCCAAUUCAGACUUUAAUGUGUUAUUGAAAGGUAUGCUAGGGAAGUUCAGACACUAUGACCAUAAAUUUGAGUGGUCAAGAAGUGAGUUUUCUGACUGGACAAACAAAAUUAUAUCUCAAUACCCACACUACAAAGUAGAAAUAAGUGGAGUUGGUGUUCCCCCUGAAGGUAAAGAAGAUGUCGGAUAUUGUUCUCAGCUGGCACUAUUCAUUAGAAACCAUGAUUAUGUACCUACUCAGUCUGAGGAUGCCAAAGAAGUUUACACCACCUGCAGAACUUAUGAUCACCCUGGCAAAGAACCUGACACAAGAAGUGAUGAAGAAAAACUCAGUAAUGAAGUGCUAUAUCAGUUAAAUAGGAUGGCAUAUUUAGAAUUGUAUAAAGGAGAUUAUGAAAUAUCCAAGAUACCUCUACUAGACCUGACUACAGCUGUACAAAAAAUUAUUCCAUCAGCAGAUAUUGAAUCUGUGAGGUCCUUGAUAGCCCCUACAGAUUUAAUUGAAGAGAAUGGUCAAAUUUCUAUCUCGUACAAUUUAUAUCCGGAAAGCUCUCACAGUCAUAGUGAGGACGAUGAACAAGAGAACCAAAGAACUGAUGAAGUUGUUGCACCUGAGGAGGACAAUGAAGAAAGGUGGGACACCGAAGAUCCCCCUUUAUGGUUUUUAGAACAAAGUUCACUCGCAGAAUAUCAUAUGGGUGUAGCAUUAAUUGACAAUGCAUUGAAUUUAGUUCAUGAAAGACAGGUUCAUAUGACUAUGAUUGAAAGUGAUUGGGUGUAUAAUUCAGAUAGUGAUGACAACAGUGAUGAUGAUAAUGUUAACCGAAAAUAUGAAGAUGAAGAACUGGAUGGAGUUCAGGCUGAUUGUGAGAGAAGGUGGAAUUCAUCAGUACCACAGCGUGUUUAUUCUUCAAGGUACCAAAGCAAAGCUGAUUCCAAAUCAUCUGACAGCUGUGGUAGGAGUGUAAUUGAAGAUAGUCCUCCCCAUGGAACCUCAAUUAUAAGUGACUUUGGUUCUGCUAGUGUUUGUGCUGCAUCAAGUCCUCUUUCCUCAUCGAAUGAACAUGAACUAAUAUUGAACACAAAACGAGAGCCUAUUACAGACUCUGGUGUUGAUUUGUCACCACUAUUGAAUUCAAGUUACCCUCAAGAUGAAAUAGGAGAUGUGUUUCCUUGUGGAAUGAGAUCCUCUGUUGUUGAAUGUACGUUUACUAAAACCAAAGAUUUACCUAAGUCUACAUCUGUAGAAGUCUUACAUUUGGAUGAAUCAUGCUCACUUAAGCGUCGUGCAGGCCUAGAAUACGUAGAAUAUGCUCCCUCUACAAGUGUCGCUCUCUGCUACACAGGUCAAAAGUACUAUGAUUCUGACAAGAUCCCUGGAAGUGUAAACAUGUCAAUGAGCUCUGAGCGCAAAUCUCUUGAUGGUUCACUAGUUAGAGACGCAGUUGAUAGUUGCAGUUUAGAUUUUGCUGGCGACAGUGGGUACCCAAAUUCCUCCUCCCUCCACCAUGAUAUUGAUGUGGAUUUGACCCCUGAACAAGUUGAUGACAUCUCAUCAGAAAAUGAUGAGAGAUCUAAUCAAUCUCUUUCAGAAGAUGAACUUAGUGACUUAUCAGACCGUGCACCUGCUUUGCUUCGAAGAAUAAUCCACCCAAGACAUCCAAUUGUCCCUAUUGUAUUUGAAAAUGUUGAAAAUGGUGAUUUAGCCAAUAACAACCGAGAUGGUGAAGGCAAUAAUGCUGUAGCCGAACUGGGUGAAGAAAGAGAAUUUGUUGCUCUAGUACAAGAAGGAGAAAUGCAGGCUUUGUUGGCAGUUCCUGUUGCAGAGGAAGUUGAUUUGCCAAAAUAUGCUGAUCCUUUCCCAGAUUGGUUAAUUGAUCUUUUAAAAAUAGAAGAAGAUUGUGAAAAAUCACCUGGUUUUGAAGUACAGGCUGAAGAACAUGAUUGUGACGAAGGAUUAGGAGAAGACACAAUAUAAACCUGUUUUUCAGCCUCAACUGUGUCUAAUUUUUCAAUAUCAUUUUUUAAUUUUAUGUUAUAAGAAAGAAAUCAUGCUUGUCACCUUAUAUCAUUUUUGACGUAUAGGAACUUGAUUGUUUUCAAGACAAAGUUACUUAAAUGUUAACCUGUAGUUUGGUUCUGUCCUAAAUAUUAUUGUAAUUAUAUCUUUUAGGUGUUACAUGCAGUCAAACUCAUUCUACUUGACUGGAGCAGUAUGUGAGUAUUUCAAUCUACCUACAAUCUGUAUUGUUUUGAAUAUUUUUUUUUUUUAAACACACUUUGUGUUUUAUUUAACACUGCUCUUUUUCUGUUACGGCAAAAUUUAGAACAAAACUUUAUUUUGUUUGUUUAUGGCACCACCUUUUUAUUUCUUUGUCUUUUAGACUAGCAUACUUUGUGAGAAGCAACGCGUGUUGGCAAUGCUGACAAGGUUUAGAUAAAAUUAACAGGUGUCUCAGAAGCUCCGGUAAACGUGGAGACAGAUUUGAAAUGUCUAAUAUUACUUUUUAUAUUAGGAUGAGGUAACCCUAAUUACAGCUGGGUUUGGUGUGAAGCAAAGCCUUGCAUUUAUGUGUAAUUGUUACAGUAUUUCAUACUAUUGAUAUAAUUGGUAAUGUUCUGUUGUUCAUGUCAAAUUCUUGAAUGUAAGAAGCCAGAUGGUUUCUAAGAUUAUGAUAGUUUCAUCAAAAUGUGAUAAUUCUUUAAUAUAUUCUCAUGCUUGUUUCUGUAGUAGUGUGCCUGUCACAGCAGAGAUUACAAAUGAAUAAUCAGUAUACUUUGUGAUAAUAUUGUUUUAUCGUCAAUUCACUCUAGUUGCAUGGGUAUCUAAAAGUGUGAUUACAAUUAUUCUUGUUCCUGUAUUUUUAAUUUGUAUUUUGAGUUGAUUUGAAGUUGUGGGUCAUGUGUGAAGACCUAUCUGAUGAGCCAUUGCCCUGUAGCAGUCAAAUAUACAAGCUACUCUUUUUGUCAGUAGCAGUCUCUUUACAA